AUGCCUACACCUUCCGUCUCCACUGAAAGCGAAAGGAAGAGACGAGAUGAUACAAAGGUGUUUGGCAAUAUCCUCAGUACUUUGGAGCAAGAAGGUGGACUGUCCGAGGCAGGGGUUGUAAACCAACCACUGCCCACAGAGGAGGAAGCGGUGGUAGUGGCAGAUGAUACAGCACCUAUCAUCACAGAAGAUUAUGAAGAGCCUCCAAGAAGAGAAGACAAGGAAAUUGCGAUCAAGGAAAGAGAAGAAGAAGAGAUCGCAGUCAAGGAGGCCAGGGAAGCGGAGGUUGCAUUAGUAACCCCAAACAUUGCGAUGGAGGAGGUUGUAGGGGGUGCGCUAUUAGAAGAGGCCGAGAAAGAAGAUAUGAAGAAGGCAGUAGAGGCCGAGAAGGAAGAGAAAAAGAGAGAGAAGCAGCCACAAGAGGCUGAGAAGAAAGAUAAGAAGAAGAAGAAGAGCAAGGGAAAGAAGGUUGGAGAGGCGGAAUCUUCACAUCAUCACAAGGCAAGAAAGAAUAAAGAGCACACGGAUGAUGAAGAAGAUAAAGAGGCCAAGAAAGAGAAAGAGGAGAGGAAAUUGUGCCGACGUGAAAAGAGGCACCUAAGAGAAGAAGAAAAGGCAAGGCAGAGGGCUGUGAGCCCUGAGAAGGAUGGAGAAUUAACCUCCAUAAGGGAGGAUGGGGGGGGAAACGCUACAAUUGAUGGAACCGCCACAACCGGUAGCAACCCAAUUGGUUGCGACGGAUGA